AUGGAAGUUCUCAGUCGUUACUGUGUGCUCGUGCUGAAGCGGGGUACCGCGGAGGACGUCGAGACUUUUGCCGCUCAAGUAGCUGCUUGCGACGAUAAGGUUCUCAUCGGUUAUCAGAAACACAUUCUUCUGCCCUUUUUGUCACGAAUACAAAACGGUCCCCGGAACGAGCGCUUGGAUUUGAUGCUAAUGGACUCUUUGCGCGAAGUAAUAAAACGAUUAGGGAAGGACUUCAGAGACGCUCCGGCCUUACACAACGUUCUCCUCACGCACCUCAUGUACAUUUGCUGUUCUCCGGGAGUGCCGAUCAGCGAGGAACUAAAGAUAUCUUUCCUGGAGCUCAUGUCAGCCGUUUUUUCGUCGAUCGACGAACAGCUGAUCCUCGAGGUCUACACCGGUCCGGAGAGUGCGUCGAUUCUGGCGCCUCUGUUCAGAGUUUUUGUUGACUCGAUCGACGAGAAGAACAAGGAUUUGAAGCAGAAAGCCAUCCGUUGCCUGACACUUUCGUAUCUGAGUCGGAAGAGGCCGAUUGUUGAUAUCGUGAAGGGUUUCCUGCCAGGAAUAGUCUGCGGCCUGUUGCGACAAGUAAUGGAUUACUGCGAGAAAAGCCAAAGAAUCUUCAACGUCGCUCUCGAGGCUCUGACCGAUUCCAUAACGCUCGUGAUGAGCGACCAGCACGACUUGGGUGAGCAGUAUUACAACUCGGCGACCCCAAACUUGUUGAACUGUGCCACGACCCUGAAGCGGGUCGUCUGUCCGCCGCUCAUGAGCGGAUGCGAAAGUUCGUGCAAGUAUUUCGCCAUCCAACUACUCAGCAAUUGCUCGCGCCGUCUCGAAAUCGUCAUUCCUCUGUGCUUGGAGAUUCUCCUGACAGUUGAGAAUCCCAAUCGAAUUCGCGCGGAACUCUUCGAGGAGCUGCUCUCACAGGCGGGGGGAGACAUUUCUGUUGAGGAGAAAUUCUCCGAAUAUUUCGACCAGCUUUUGACGCGCAUGCCAAGAAUAUCAGCUGUUGGCUCGAGAAACGAGAAAGUGUCUCUCCUACGACAGCUUCACGGGUUCCUGAGGCUAAAUCCGGGGACAAUUCUUCGCGUGCUCAACAAUUCACUCUCGAGGCGGAAAUUCUUCUCUUGCCUCUUCCGUCUGGUUGCCCUGGACCGUCAAGCGCUGAGGCUCAGCGCAGGUGAAGUUUAUAACGACGGUCCAUUGAGGAAUGUCCAUCGACAAAUCCACUGUUUCGAUGAAGAAGCGUUCGGCGCCCUUAAAGACUUCUGUCGGACUUUCGCCAAAGCUCUGGACCACAAUCUGUGCCGAGAUCUGAUCAUGGAGAAUCGUCGGCACGAUUUUCAUUACGAUGCCGAGGCAGCGUUAAUUUUCGUUUUGCUCAUCGAGAACCUACCAUCCGACAGUCACGGCUUCGAUCAGACAAUCAACAUCAUUCUUCAGGAGAGCCAUGAACGAGUGUUCAGCGUCCAAGAUGGAGUUCAGAAGGUGCCCAUGGGCUUGUACAUCAUCCGAGGCGAGAACGUCGUGCUCGUGGGGGAACUCGACGAAGAGAUAGAGAAAUCAAUCGAUCUGACAUCGACUCGGGCCGAGCCAUUGAAUCAAGUCGUACAUUAA